AAAUAAUACACAGGGACAAGAAGCCAAUACAAAGUUUCUUCCUCUUUCGCUUACUAUGCAGGUUUUCGUCAAAUCUCUUGCGGGUAACACCCUUGCCCUCGAUGUUGCUGCCACUUCCACCGUCGAAUCCGUCAAGGCCAUGAUCCAGGCCCGUGAGGGUAUCGAGUCUGGUCUUCAGUGCCUCUCCUUCGCUGGUAAGUCUCUUCGUGACUCCGAGGACCUUGCUCUCUAUGGUGUCCAGGACAACAGCACUCUCCACCUUAACGCCGAAUUGCUCGGUGGUGGUAAGAAGCGCAAGAAGAAGACCUACACCACCCCCAAGAAGAUCAAGCACAAGAAGAAGAAGGUCAAAUUGGCUGUUCUCAAGUACUACAAGGUUGACGAGUCUGGCAAGAUCACUCGUCUUCGUCGUGAGUGCCCCAACACCGAGUGCGGUGCUGGUAUCUUCAUGGCUUGGCAUCAUGACCGUCAAUACUGCGGAAAGUGCGGUUUGACCUACGUCUUCAAGCAGGGUCAAGAUGCUUAAAUCUUGUCUACCCCUAACCUUUAAAAAAUAAAAAAGCAUUUGCUAUUUUUUGAUUUACGAAAACUUUAAGCCAUUGUUUUGUCCCCAUUAGUCUCUCGUGUAGUUUUUAGCUUUUAUUUUGACAUCUGAGGUGUAAUGUGUACAUAUAAAAAGUUGAAGUAUUGGUAGAUUAGAUCACUAUCCUUCCUUGCUGGCUUCUCAUCGGAAGGCUACCAUUAACCCAUAAGCAUCUGUAUGUCCAAUGUAUAGUUCCGAUUUACAACUUGGGUUCACCGCGAAUCUUACGAAGACGAUCUGCGAUCUCGUUCAAGAAUUGGGCAGUUUCAGAAUAGUGUUCGGGCUUCAUGC